GUCUUUGAGAGCCUAACCCAUUGUGGCACAAGUUGGGCAACGUAGCUCCUUUAAUUUGCGAUCAGCGAGCUCCUAGGUCACCUCUCAUUUGUUCGUGGUGAUACUUCUUUGUUACACAACAGCUUUAUUUUACAAAACUCAAAAUCAACUUGUUUUUAUUCAUUGUCCGUUGCUACAGCUGAUAUAUUUUCUCAUAUAUACCAAGUGAUCAGAUUCUGUGAAUACAGCUACAAUUAAAAAAAUAUGGCCAAAGUCUUUAAUCAGCACCAACAGUCAUUUUCUUCUCAAACAACGCAUUCCAAUAAUAAUGGCUGUGUUGCAUCUUUUUAUACUGCCAAAUCCAGAUUUAACUUACUCAGGGCACCUAAACGUACUAUCUCACAAUACCGGCGAUAUCCUAGUCGUAUACGCCGAGCUCAGAAAUAUGACCCGAAUUCUGUGUCCAGCGGAAAUGAUUCUCAAAAGUCCAAUAUUGUCGAUAUUCUAUGUGAUACGGCUGAUUCGAAGCAAACUGCCCAUAAGAUUUUCAUGAACCACUAUCCUUCGCAUACUACUUCUGAUUAUAAACGUUCGCGUCCGGAGCUUAACGGUCAGUCAAACGAAAAUUUAGAAGAUAUGUCAAUAUCUACUCCGGCGGCAUGUUAUUUACGUCCUUUACAACCGAAAAAUAAUCUUCGCUCUGAUUUGUCCAAAAUAUGUCACUCACAUAUAGUCUGCAAACUCUCUUCACUUAAUAAUGAUCGCCUGCAAGAUCUACUCUCGAAGGAAUUUAUUUACCAACCAAACAAUGCCUUCCUGUAUUAUGUUAAUCCAGUCAAACCUAAAUACAUGGCAUGUGUAGCUGCUGCUUCUUACUGUGCUGUAUGCAAAUUGAGUAGCUCAAAUAACAAGAAUGUUAUGUUGCCUGAUCCAGAAAUAAUGGUACAUAUCACUCGUUGUGGUGGUAACGCGGCUGAUUUGUUGCGUAUGGAGGAAAUCCUCGAUUCUAAAUUAUCUCACGAUCUUGAUGGAGUAAAUGCAUUCGAUUUCUUGCAACUUUUCAUCGACUGUUUGACUAAAUCUAAAGAUAUCAUGGAGGACGAAUUGAUCAAUGCUGGUCUGAAUAUGAGUAGUUAUUUACGUGAAUCAGAUGUAGAAAAAGUGACAGAGACAAUCAAUAUAACCUCAAGUGUACAGAAAUCAGAUGAGGUGAAAAAGAAUCUCGUAACAGCUCGUCAGGAUUUCAGUUGGAAAGCUCUUGUUUAUAAACGUUUGGGAACAGUUAUGGAGAUUGCAUUGUGUUCGUUGGAAGUUUAUCGUUUCCGUCCUGCUUGUUUAGCACUUGGAAUUUUAGCUCAAGUCGGUAUUGAAGGUCUUCUACCGUUGGCAGAUCUAUGUGGGGUCGAUUGGUUUGAUGUAUGUGAAUGUGCAAAUCUUGUGGGUCAACUGUAUGAAUUAUAUUAUCGUGAUCCUCCGCAACCUAGUCGCAGAAGAACAGGAUUAUUUGUAACUAGACGUCAGUUUCGUGUUGGUUAUUCGAGUCCUACACCAUUGGAUACAAUCUCUGAAGACUAUGAACCGGUUGAAGAAGAUGAAUGGCUACUUCCACUCCUUUUUGAACCGUAAAGAAGUUCAUUUGGUUCGCUGACAUGUCUCAAUCCAUAUUCAACAGCCGUUGUGUAUAACAAUGCACUACUACUUUCACUAUAUUAUACAUAUUUAAUGUCUUAAUUUUUGAGUGCAUCUUUAUUAUUCUUACUACUACAUUCACAAAUUCAUUCACUUAACUAUAAACAUUCAGUAUACUUCAGAAAUCAAUAUUUUCAUUUAACAGUGUAUUAAGAAAACUCAUUCAUUUUGACAAAAAGUCCUCUUUAUCGUGAAAUGAUAUAUAUAAUGUUAAACCCGGUGUUAAGAAUUUAUUUGAAGUUUCUGCAUAAUGAUAAGUGAGUAAUACUUUGAUAAAAGAAGUGUCCCAUCACACAAACACUAUUCAUCAUUAUUGUUAUUAUUAUUGUUAACAUCAGCUUAUGAUCAUCCUUGAAAGAAAGAAUUUUUUGUCAUCAACUCAGGGAUUAUUUUCUCUUUUAAUAUUCAAUAUACAUAUACAAAUACAUUAUAGCUGAACCUUAUUCUGGUGUCUUCGACCAUUCUUUCAAUUAGAUAUGAUCGUAUUGUGUCUUUCUUUUGUAUACUUAUCUCAACAAUUUUUCUUAAUAUUACCAUUGCUCUACAGUGGUAAUGUUUGUGCAGCUAGCUAAUCAAUUUUAUUUGUAAGAUUGUUUGUUCCUUUCAUACACAUACACACACAAAAGUGUACAAUACUAAUAUUAUCGUUUGGAUUUGACAGAGGAAAGAUCAUAGGAUUAUCUUUUCAUUCUUGUUCCUGGCAUUCUGUAUAAUUGUUGUAUACAACAUUAUUAAUGAGCAUAUUCAUCAUAUGAAAAAUGUACGACUUCCAAAAAAUAAUUAUGACUAAUGGUUUUUCAUCUUCGUAUACGACUGUGUAUGUGAGUGUGUAGUACAAACACAGUUCAAUUCAUAUUUCAAUACUUUCAUUAUGAGCCUUUUUGUAUAUUCUCUGCGUCGAAUGACGUUUUUGUCCGAGUCGAUAUAUAUAUUAUAUUGAUGUGCUCACGUCCGAGUGCAUCCUUGAAAAUAAAAUGCAUUUCAGUUUUUCCGUUAUAUACUCGUUCACUCUUCAAGGUCUUUCCCUGUUCAUGUUCCUUCACGUAUUCUAUCAGUCAGUAUUCUAUGCAAAUUUUUGAAGUGGACACAUAGUUUUUACUCAUUUAAUAUUUGUAUAUCACACAUGAAAAUUGAAAGUUUACUGUACAAAGUAAGAACACUAUAACAAUAUUCAAUUAGUUAGUUCUGUUUUAAAAAAUAUAUUCACAUAAAUUAUUUUGUGUAUUUGUUGCUUUCAUUACUUGUUUUUUUCUUUUGUUGUUUACUUGAAUUAAUUUAAAAACAGGGAGCACAUUAAAGUGGUCCUUCCUCAUUCUUUCACUAUAUGCUCAUCCUCAUGUGUUGUUGCAUUGUUUUUUCUCCUACCGUACACAAUUUACUUUCUGUGUAUGUUAGGAAGCUUUUCUCUUGAUUUUCUCUUCUUUUCUAGUUGUUUUCCUCACUAAUUAUUUGUUUUGUUGAAUCCAUUUUGCUUUACUGUUUCGUUCGUCAGUAAUGUUGUGACCUUUAAAAAACAGUUUAUUUGCUUUAUC